CCCUCACGUGUGAAACAGUCAGUGACCUCUACCGGUGUCCACAGAUCAACAUAGGGGUAAUGAUGGCAUUCGGAGAGAAGUGCUACCGAUUUGUUGCCCGAGACAAAACCUGGGAUGAAGCACAGCUCGAUUGUCAAGGAAGGGGAGGUAAUCUAGUCCACGUCAAGAACCGGGAAACGCAAGAUUUCCUCGUGAAUGCUGUCAAGAACAACCUUGGCUGGAAAGUGAAUGGAAUGUGGAUCGGUGCGCUUGACAGGACAGAGUCUAAUAACUACGAGUGGGUUAAUGGUGACCGACAGAGCAAAGGGGAACCGAUGACGUGGGACAAUUGGGCAGCUGGACAACCGUCGUGUGGUAAACUGUGCGUUGAAUUUUGCGGUCAAAUGCGCUUCGAUGAUGAAGGGAAGUGGCAUGAUUAUCGAUGUGCGAGCAGCUUGUACAUGUAUCACUACUGUUGUAUAUACGAUAUGACCCCAAAGGCAACAAAGCCAGCAACGAUAGCAAUAACAAAAACGACGGAAGCAACGACUACAAUAACAACAUUACGAACAACAAAUGCUUCAACUCUUGAAACAAAACCAAAAGCUCAAACUACGAGAUUAUCGACUUCUGAAAGUCCAGCUACAGAGAGUAGCCAAACAAGGACAACAACAAGGAAAAACCACUACCCUCCAGAUCGACUGGCCGUUUCUUCCAGUCCAAACUUAGAGCCUGGCGACAACUUAAUAACUGUUUCAGUACCAGAACUGGUCGGCGGAUUGGUCGGGGCAGUGGUUCUUAUUCUACUUCUCUUACUCCUCCUCAUAUUUGUGAUCCGGCGCAGAAAGCAAGCGCACAAAGAAGAACCGACGCCCAAGGUUCAUUACACAGCGGAUCCUAACCGUGAUGAGAACAGGCACCCAAUUGCUACCGCUUACAUCAAUCCGACUUUUGUGGACCACAGGCCAGGAGAUACAGAACGCCUACCCGCAAUGAUCCACGAUGAGAAGGAGGAAGAGCAGAAUGCAGAGUUUAGUGAGUCACAAAACCCUUACGAGGAAAUUCUGUUUGACAAAGAAUUUCAGUUUGAAAAGCCUCUGACGAUUCCGACGAAUGAAUAUUUGCACGCAACUUUUUUGGCGAGACAAGACCAAGGUUUGGUUCAUGGAUGUAGGGAAUCGCGUGACCCUUACAGCCUGAAUAGCUUGUGCAGAAGUCGAGCGAGAGAGGAGACAUCUUCCACACACCCCGAAUCAGAGCUUGCUCAACCUUUCCUUGGACACCUGUGUAAACAGUUCGACGGCUAUGUUUUACCAACCCAAACAACAGGACAUGUCUCUAGAAUAUCCCCAGGAGAAUACGCCAAUAACCCUGGUUCGGAAUUUCCCCGACAAUAUCACAAAACCUUAGAUGCCAAUGGCGGUUUUGCUCAACAUCAUAUCGAUUCGGUUGGCACCAGGGAACAAACAUCCGGGAAUAUAAGUCCACUAGAAAGCGAGUUUACCCAAAUACACUCGACGCGGUUGCCCAACGCGCUGAGCUCGCCAAGUUUGCCUUCCAGAGCAGUGCCUUCAACUCUCUCCCCAACAAUGGACAAUCCCCCGUUGUUCAGCUCAGGAAAUGACCACUGGACACCAUCCCGUCUAGAAGCUCUAUCCACAGACCGCUGCAAUCACGAAAAUGUAUAUCUGCCAGUGCUAGAAACAAGCGUUUAACAUGGAGACUUCGCCGCAUGUCAACAUACAUCAGUUCAAUGUAGCAUCGACCUUAUGGUAUUGACAAGCAGUCUUGCCACUUCUUUUGUCUGUAUAAGUGAAUUGUCCAGGUAUAUAUUAUUUGGAGAACUACAGACGACACUGUACAGUACAUGUAAUAGUGCUUAGUGGUAGGUAUUUAUGUGCUUGAGGUAAUAAGGUAUGAAGACUAUAUUGUGUUAAAACCAGUUACCCGUACAUUGGAUAUUGGGUAAAAUCUUACUAUACCUAUACUGAGGUGCUAAAAGUUAGCUACAUAUCUUGUGAUGCUUCAUGAUUGUGCCAAAGGAUAACUCUAUCUGUGCUAAAUUUCAUACAUUAUUUGGCCUAACAUUCAAGGCCUUAUUAGACGAAUCGUCUUGACCUCCACUUUCGCUUCAUACAACAGUCCCUUGAUCAGGGCGAUGGCGUUUUCGAAUCCAGAUCUGGUUUGGCUGUGGUUCCAUGUCAGUAGGUUUGUCAUGCGCCUUACAUUGUCCGGCCGGUGUCCUCCGCCCAUUAAAGCAGAAGAAAACUUAAAUAUCAAACAAAAUACCAUUGGAAAGAGUAUGCAUUUCCUCGCAGGUGCAUGCCAUUAAAAUUUUUAUAUGUACCUCAAGUUGAUAAAUUAUAUAUAAAGUCAGCACCAAAAUCCGCUGUGGGCGACUCCAUUUUGCCUAAGAACUAGUCCUGAAGUCUUCUGUGUUAGGAGAAGAAUUGUCGUCGGUGUUAAAGAUGUGGAACGCGAUGGACUCAGCGAUUUAUGCCAGCUUUGUCGUUUUCAAGCUUUACGUGUGUGGCGAGGAAAAAUCGCAAAAUUAUGCAACAGGCACCACCAGAUAGAGAAAAAAUGUGCUCUUUUCAGCCUAUAGGGUCAUUUUUUAAAGUUUUCGUCUCCUUUAAGUUGACCGCCGUCAUAUGAGUGGUAUAUUAUUAAACACUGCACGAACCCUCGCUUUCGUAUUUAUUUAAUUGGUGUUUUACGCAGUACUCAAGAAUAUUUCACUUAUACGACAGCGGCCAGCAUUAUGGCGAAAGGAAACCGGGCAGAGAAUGGGGGGAACCCACGACCAUCCGUAGGUUGCUGCCAUACCUUCCCAUGUACGGCAGGAGAGGAAGGCAUGAAACCUCGGUUAAAUAAAUAAAUAGGCUGUACAACACGUUUAAUAUAUUGGCAAGAAAGUUAUCAAUAUAUUUUUUUAUGAUUUAA